UUUUCCGAUAAUGAAUUAUCCAUUAACGUUUUCUGGAAGGUUACUAAUUCCUAGUCGUUAUCGGCACUUUUAACAGCAAAAGAGAGAGUGUUACAUUUCGCCGACUUGUGGGAAAAUUAAUUAGUGCUUCCUGCUAGCAUGAAAUAGUCGGAAAAAGUGCCUUUGGGAGUUGAUCGACAACCAUUCAUCUAUGAUGGGAGACGUGAUUUUAAUGGCUUUGUGGUUUGUGGGAGCUUACCGACUUGGUUUAGCCUCAGUGUGCUCACAGCUAGCUAUAGAUGAGUACAACAUGUGCGAAGGAAAGGGAUACCAAGACAGGCUCGUCUGCAUCCAAACGCCUGGGUGCUGCUAUUUUCCUAACGCGAACAAGGGUGAACGGUGUAUCGUAGAGUCAAGAAUAUCCAAGCCCCGAUGGAGGAUUACCAAUUGUAGCUUUCCACAAAUCCCGCCAGAGGAGACACUUAUAAAAGACUUUAAGCUGAUUGGGGAAGUCGACUUUCUAGAGUCUGUUUUUACGGAGCUGCAGUGCGCAGACUUGUGCUUGCGCCAUAGACAAUGCAUCGCAUACAAUUAUGGCGGGAAAGCCAAAGAGGACAAGAAAACGUGCGAGGUACUCAGUCAUAUAAGAAGCUUCCAAAAGUCGAAGGACUUCAGUUAUAGGAUAUUUGAACGAAGAGAAGCGGAAAAGUUUUUUCUCCAGCCUCAUACCUGCGUGUAGCUUGGCGUAGCCGCCUGUGCAACUGUGGAUGUAACAUAACCCGGAAUUGCAGCAAGCUCCGGUGCUGCUUCAUAACAAUGGACACCACGGGUCUACCAAGAUACUUAGACCCGCCUUACAGAAAACCCAUGCCUAGCCCCUAGCAUUUUAGUGGGUUUCCUGUGGAUCGGAACUGUAGACCUCACAGGUACUAGUACUCGUACCAGGGAUUAGGUUAACUACUUACAAAAUGGACAGCGAAGAUGAAUCUUAGUGAAACUAACAGGAGUAAUAUUCUAAGGGAGUGUUCAUUAAAUGCACCGGGUCUCCGAAAAAAAAGUUCCUUCAAAAGGGGGGGGGGGCUCUGAAUUUUUUAGGAGCCGUACUUUUCAGCUCUAAUCUAAUAUGAUCUAGUUCCUAGCACAAAUACACGAUUUCACAUGCAUAUGUGACGCAUAUGUCUAUAACGACCAGAAAAUCUUAUUGAUGCAUCUAGAAAUCCUUUAGUGAUAAAGAAAAGAAAAGGUUACUGCU